UCCCGGCAUGCCCCGCGGCCCCGCCAGGACUACAGCCCCCAGCAGCCCACGCGCGGGGGCCCGGCCCACUUCCGGCGGGGCGGGCCGCGCUCGGGCCCGGGACGGCGACGGCGGCGGCGGGGCCGCGAUGCAGGCGGAGCUGAGGGGGUAGGAGAGGUGCUGGCUUCUCCUGCAGAAAGCCCCGGGUCUCGUGAGGCUGUGGAAGGCACCGUGGGGGAGCUCAGCGUCACGGGUGUGGAUGAAUGUUUUUAAUAGCAACUGUUCUGGGGUUUUGCUUCCUUUCUGAAGCUUUUUAAAAAGUAGAAUCAGAGGGAAUACUCUGGCAGUGCUAGCAGCGUCUUCCUACCUGCUGCAUUCCCAUCAAGGUCCAGCUACAGCACAGGAGUGUUGUUUGAAGGCUGAAGGACUGCACGCGCUGUUGCCCUUUCAUCACACGCUGAGAUACUCAGUAUGGCCUCAUCAUCAACACCUAAAUAUAAUUCAAACUCCUUGGAGAGCUCCUCAAUUAAAAGGACUCUACAAGAUGGAACUAACUGGGAAAAAAAUGAAGAAAUACCUCGUCUGCCAGGAGAGACUAGAGUUACAGAUAAGGAUGUUAUUUACAUGUGUCCGUUUAAUGGCCCUGUUAAAGGAAGAGUAUACAUCACAAACUACAGGCUGUACCUGAGAAGUCUGGAAAACGAUCCAGUUGUGGUAUUGGAUGUUCCAUUGGGUGUAAUAUCAAGGAUUGAAAAAAUGGGAGGAGCUUCAAGCAGAGGAGAGAAUUCCUAUGGAUUAGAUAUAACGUGUAAAGAUAUGAGAAAUUUACGGUUUGCAUUAAAGCAAGAAGGGCACAGUAGAAGAGAUAUAUUUGAAGUCCUCACAAAACAUGCUUUUCCCCAGUCACAUAACCUGCUUUUUUUUGCUUUUUCAAAUGAAGAAAAGUUUUCAGAGAAUGGCUGGAUGGUGUACAAUCCAAUGUCCGAAUACAGGAGACAGGGACUGCCUAAUGAACGGUGGCGAGUGACUUUUAUUAAUGAGCAUUACGGACUGUGCGACACAUAUCCGUCACUCUUAGUGGUGCCAUAUAACGCAACAGAUGAUGAUCUGAAGAAAGUUGCUGCCUUUAGGUCUCGAAAUAGAAUUCCGGUCCUGUCAUGGAUUCAUCCGGAGAAUCAAGCUGUUAUUAUGCGCUGCAGCCAGCCCCUGGUUGGAAUGAGUGGGAAGCGGAACAAAGACGAUGAAAGAUACCUUGAUAUCAUCAGGGAGGCUAAUGGACAAAUCUCAAAACUGACCAUCUAUGAUGCUAGGCCGAAUGUCAAUGCAGUUGCAAACAAGGCGACUGGGGGAGGAUAUGAAAGUGAAGAUGCAUAUCCCAAUGCAGAACUCUUCUUCUUGGACAUUCACAAUAUUCAUGUCAUGCGGGAGUCUUUGAAGAAGCUGAAGGACAUUGUUUAUCCUAAUGUGGAAGAAUCACACUGGUUGUCAAGUCUGGAAUCAACCCAUUGGUUAGAACAUAUAAAGCUUGUCUUGACAGGAGCUAUUCAAGUGGCAGACAAGGUAUCCUCAGGAAGGAGCUCUGUGCUGGUUCACUGCAGUGAUGGCUGGGACCGGACAGCACAGCUAACAUCGCUGGCUAUGCUGAUGCUAGACAGCUACUACAGAACAAUUGAAGGCUUUGAAGUUCUGGUGCAGAAAGAGUGGAUAAGCUUUGGACACAAAUUUGCCUCGAGAAUAGGCCAUGGUGAUAAAAACCAUGCUGAUGCAGACAGAUCGCCCAUCUUUCUCCAGUUUAUUGAUUGUGUGUGGCAGAUGUCUAAACAGUUUCCUACAGCCUUCGAAUUCAAUGAGCAGUUCUUGAUUACAAUCCUGGAUCACUUGUACAGUUGCCGGUUUGGUACUUUCUUGUACAACAGUGAGUCUGUUAGAGAAAAAGAGAAAGUGACUGAAAAAACAUUGUCGUUAUGGUCUUUGAUAAACAGCGAAAAAUCUAAAUACACCAAUCCUUUUUAUAGUAAGGAGCUAAAUCGAGCUCUCUAUCCAGUAGCCAGUAUGCGUCACCUUGAGCUCUGGGUCAAUUACUACAUUAGAUGGAACCCAAGAAUUCGGCAACAACAGCCAAAUCCAGUGGAGCAGCGUUACAUGGAGCUCCUUGCAUUACGGGAUGAUUAUAUGAGGAGACUUGAAGAGCUACAGAUCACAAAUAAUUCUAAGAUAUCCAACUCAUCAGCCUCAUCAACAUCUCCCUCGCAAAUGAUGUCCCAAGUACAAACGCAUUUUUGAAGAAAAAGUUGGCUUCUUUCUCUAUUCUAAUAGCAAGUGGUGCUUACUAUAGAUCUAUAGUAUAAAGAAGAAUAUUUUAAUGCCUUACAUUAGACUGUCCUAACACAAAGUAUUUUUAGACUGUCUUCAUUUGAGGAGGACUUCAAAACAGACUGAAACCAACUCUUCAUUUAUGUGCCUUUCAGAACCUGUGGAGUGGGAACAUGAAUAAUCAGCUUCUAGUUACGGAAUGCUUUGAGUUAUUUUGGAAAGCCUGGUACAAUUGAAUUGAAAUUGAUUGAUUGUUUUCCUAAGAAUGCUUUAAUUUAUUACAUUGUAGGUUGUGUUCCUGUGAGGGAAUUCAUGCUCAGUCUGGGUUGUGAAUAAAAUACAUGAACACCAAUAGGAAUAUUCACAUUGUGUAAAAUUAGGUAUGUGUGUAUUCCUGUUAGGAAUAGGACUAUGGACUUCAUGAGGCAAAAAUAAAUCACAUUGUAAGAUUUCAGAGAAGUGUUGAAAUUUUCUGGUUACCUGAGAAUUCCAAAUUUUCCUGUUCCAAAAUAAGUGAAAAUCUGGAAGGAAUUUCUCUGAUAACUUCUCUUUCUAACUAAAUUGUUAAAAUAGCCCAGUAGGUACCAAAAUAAAAUAAAAAUCUAUUUUUAUUGUAACUCUUUUGAACAAAUGACAAUUGUACUGGAUUCUGGGAAGUCCUUUUUUGGUUAACUGUUGAACAUUUCAGUAUAUUACAAAUUAUCACUGUUGGCUUUUUGGAUUAAUACAGAAUAAAAUGCUUCUAAAGAAGGUUGAUAAAAUUAAAAACAUACCCACAGGGACAUUGCUUAAAUAUCCAGCAAUAGCCAUUGUAUUAAACCAUGAGUAUGUCUUAUAAAAAAAAUAAUGUGCCUGUUUAGAGGAGCUUUUAUACCAAAGUAGGCAAAAAAAAAAUCAAUUAUGAAUACUGUUGAAAACUUGUAAAUUUCUAGUUUACUGUUUAAUGUAUAUUUAACUUUUGUUUAAUGAAUUUAUUCUUAAAUAUUUAAGGGAUUUCAGUAUAUGAGAUUGCAUAUAGUGUGUGCACUUAUAUUGAACCUUCCAGUGAGUUCUAGUUUGAAGUCUUCAUUUCAGAGGCUUUUUUUUAAACCUUUAAUUUGUUUUUUUCAGGUAUUUUUUAAUAGUUGCAAGCAUUUCUUAUGACAGCACAGACCUUGCUACUUGAUAUUUAAUUAGGAUUUUGCAUAUUCUCAGAAGUUUAAUGAUAUGCAGGCAAACUUUGCAAUUCAGAAUCUGUUGAGGACUGAUACUGUUAUUUUUAAGGAGUUGUUUUGAUGCUUGAGACUUCUAUCACUGUAAAUUAUUGUACAUGUGAGUUUUGAUCUGCAGGAUAUAAUAGUAUUAUAUAUAAAUUAAGUUGUGUAAGUAUACAUAAUAUAGUUUUAGAAAUUCUGCAAGUUUAUAAAGUGUAAAUAUUUUGCAUAUGAAAAGUAAAUUUAAAUCUAUAGUUCCAUAAAGUAAGUCAAAGUUUAGAGGACAGUCUGAAUAUUUUUAGAAACAGUAUUUUUUUUCAAAGAAAUAAAAGUAUACCGCAUCUUGAUUUGAUUCAGUAUAUACACUGAGUUGCACUAUUUUUUUCAGGGAAGCUCAGAGCAUACUGCAUGUGUGUUCUAAAUACACGUGAUUUCUAUGACUUACUUUUGUCCUCUAAAUUUCACUCUCCCUUCAAUGUUUUUUCAAUAUGUUUCCAAAAUGACAUUUAAUUCCGCGAUCCUCAAAUCGUGGCUUGUUGAGGUAAAUAAGAUGCAUUGCUUCAGAUGAAGGAGGAUACUCAAUUGAUCAUGAUAUACUUAUGUUUUGAAAACUAUGCAUACUCUGGUAUAUUUGCCUUCUACUUGCGGUUUAUAAAGUUUUUAAGUUGUGGAGUUUUAAAGUUUCUAAACAUAUACAAGUUUAUUAGAGUAUUUAAAGUCUGUGUUUGAAUUGAAUGCAUUGGUGACAUCUGAGCAGUGUGGAGGAGUUCAGAAAAUAUAAUAGUUUUUACUGUGUAAACACUACAUGUUAACCUAUUGCAUUUGGGGAAGUGUAAUAUAAUGGAAAGGAUCUUUUUGCACUUAGCUCAUUACAUAUAUUCCAUUCUUCAUGUUACUGCUGCGGUUGAAUGCCAUUCUUUGGAACUCUCUAGCAUACUAGCUGUGUGCGGGCUUGACUUUUUUCAAGCCAGCAAGUAAGAUACUUGGAUUUAAUUCUAUUUUGUGAUGGCAAUAUCAAGUAGACAAAUGUAGGGAUGUUUUUAAUCCAAUGCUUUCUGGAAAAUACUACUUUCGAGUUAUUGUGAAUGUAGGCAUACAAACUGAUCAAUGUUAAUAGGAAGCUUUUCAUCUUUCCAUUUAAAGGAGUGAUUUGGGCUGUCGUUCUGCAAUGCACUGCGAGGCAAUACACUGUAUCUGUACAAUAGCUCCCCACUCAGUCCCCAUCCUCUCUUCUCAGCUGUGUGGGUUUUGCAUAGCAGCUUCAGAAAUAACUGAAGUUAACAUGUUACUGUAGCCGUGGUAGUCAGGAACAAAAUAGAGAAAGUUUUGGAGGUGGUGAGUAAGAAUUAGGCACUGAGUGCCUUUUUCAGGAGAGGGGAAAAAUGCAGGGCUGAGCUGUAAAACCAACAGCUUCAAACACCUGACAGCCGGUGUGGAACAUCAGUCUCAGAGCUGUAUUUUAGUGGUGGCUUUUUCAUUUUUAUUUUUGUAUUCUUCCUUCCAUGGACCUGAGCGGUUAACCAUUUCUGUACCGGGCUUCCCUUGCAGAGGAAGCUGCUGCUGAACGCCUUCUGUCUUUGCUGUUUGCCUUAUCCCCCCCAGCACCACUGUUGGGGUGCACCCUAGAAACCAUUUGCAUACUACCUCCUUUCGAUGUAUGUUUAAACUCUGCCUUCAGCUCUCUUUUUGUCCCGUUCUGUCUCAUUUGCGUCUAGCGUUGUGUCCCCCAGAAGGCAGCUUUGUGUGCCCGGCCAGCCUUCUGAGGUGCUCUCCUUGCCUAACACCCUCAGCUGGCCGGAGAGAGGGGGCUUGCGAGCCAUGUACGCGUGUGAAGGAGAACCCAAUAAAGCUCUCACUUUGAACCCA